UGCAUUGUCAAAAAAAUGUAAACAUUGAGUAAAAUAUCUACUUUUAUUGUUUAUAACUAUUUUGCAGAAAAAUAAUAAAUUUUAAAACUAAACUACUAAAAAUAUUAAAUUAAAAAAAAAUACCUCGAGUUAAAAUACAACCGAUUUAAUAAAAUCCAUUAAACAAAAUGGAUUCUUCAUCGGAUAGUGAUUACUGUGUGGAGGAUUUUGUAAAACCCGAUAAGAUACGAAAACCAGUAAAUGAUGAUUCUGCCGAUUUGUUGGGAAAUUUCGAUGAUGUUAAGAGACAAGAAAUCAUGGAUGGCACCUAUGAGGAUAAAGACAAAAGUGAUGAGGAGGAAACAACAGAAGACGAAUCAGAUAGUGAACAGGAUAAUGAAGACGUCCAACAAGGUGAUGAAGAAAUGAAGGAUUCAACUGAAACUGAUAAGGUAGAAGAAGCAGAUACUACUCCUGUGGGCAAAAAUGGUCUGUCAAAGGCUCAAUUGGAACAAUUAAGAAAGGGUGCCUCAAAAACCAAUCGUUAUGUUUUAUAUGUUACCAAUUUAAGCUUUGACACCCAAAAAGGAGAUUUGGAAGAUCUCUUCAGCACCAAAGGUUCUGUAAGAUCAGUGCGUAUACCUAAACAAAGACGUGGUGGUUUUGCUUUUGUGGAAAUGAAUGAUUUGGAAAGUUAUCAACGUGGUUUCGAACUGCACAAUACUGAAUUGCAGGGACGUUUUAUAAAGGUACAAUUCUCGGAGGCGGGUAAAAAGAAAUCGGCCAAUAAGAAAAAUAUAAUGAAACAGAAAAAUCGAAAAUUAGCAGAAAUGCGUAAUGAACAUAAAACCUUUACAAAGAGUGGCAAGUUUUACGAUAAAAACAUUAAGAAAGAAAUUGCUCAUGUGGUGGAGGCCAGUAAAAGAUGGCGCAAGAAGCCGGGUCCCGGAGGUGGUGCACCAAGACGUAAAUAAAGUUAUGUUUAAAAACAAA